AUGCUCGCAAAACGCCUCCUGUUCUUCUCUGCCGGCGCCGUGCUCGCGGCCACCGGCCUGGCACACGGCAGUCACGAGAGCGCCGGUCAGAAGCCUGUCGUCGACGAUUCGGCCGACUGGGCAACAAAACACAUGGCAGAGGAACACCACAUUGCCGGCUUCGACCCAGCCUCCUUCUUCACCCUCCACGACUUUGACAACGACGGGAUCUGGUCGCCCAACGAGAUCGAGCGAACCUACGGCCUCUACGACCCGUCCAAUGCCGAAAUCCUGCAGAAGCGCCGCGGCCAGAUCGUUGACAGCGUGCUCGCCCUGUUCGAUGGCAACCGCGACGGCCGUGUCAGCCGCGACGAGUGGCGCUCCGCCCAUGCCGCCGGCGUCGUGCUGCCCGACCUUGGCACCGGUCCCGGCCAUCAUGGCGACGACGAGUACGAGUACGAGAUCCACCACUGGGAAAAGUACCACGACGACAACACCAAGCUCGAGGACCUGACCCACCCCGAGGACAUUGCCCACUUCAAGCACCACGAGGAGCUCGAGGCUGAGGAGGCCCGUCUCGAGGCCCUGAGUCGCCUGACCAUCGUGUUCGAUAACGUGCCCUCUCUCUUUCGGCGGCAGUGA